AUGAAAUUCUCUGUCUUGUCGGAUCCUGCCAUUGUGCAAUAUGUUAGAAAUAUUUGUGUGAGAGAAACACAAGAGCAAACUGAUUUGAGAAAUGAAACGAGUGAGAAAUUGGGAGAUUAUUCCGUCAUGAUCAGUUCCCCAGAACAAAUGCAAUUAUUACAAAUUAUUUUGAAAUUGAUCGGAGCAAAGAAUAUCCUUGAAAUUGGAUGUUUCACAGGUUACAGUGCCUUAUGUUUUGCUUUGGCGACAAGUGACACCAAGGCAAAAAUCACAACCUUAGAUGUGAGUGAAGAAUUUGUGCAAAUUGGAAGAAAAUAUUGGAAAAAAGCACAAGUUGAGGAUCGAAUUGAAGCCAUCAUUAAGCCAGCUUUGGAAUCUCUUGAAGAGUUAAAGAAAUCCAAGCAAGUGUUUGAUUUUGUUUUCAUUGAUGCCGAUAAAGCAAAUUAUCCAAAAUAUGUUGAAAUGGUGUAUGGUUUAGUGAGACCAAAUGGAUUGGUUGUUAUUGACAACACUUUAUGGUCCGGAAAAGUGCUUGACGAGAAUGAUCAAACACCAGAUACCAUUGCUAUCAGAGAAACCAACAACAAGUGCAGAGAUGAUCAACGUUGGGACAUUGCAAUGGAAACUAUUGCCGAUGGAUGCACUUUCCUAAGAAAGAAGUAA